ACAUAUUUUGAGGCCCGGUGGCACGAGAAGAUUUCAAUUGAUUAUUAGAUGAAUCCUCAAUAUGAAUGCGUGCGUAGUACAAAAAGCUUGCGUCACUUGUUCACGGACGAAGCGGAAGUGUGGGAAGCAACGACCGUCUUGCGAGAGAUGUGCGAGCCGAAGCAUCAGGUGCACCUAUUCGACGUCGAAGACAAAUCGAUUUGUCCUAUUGGUAGAGCCAAUAUUGACUGAGACUCCUACCUCCACAGAAGUGGUAGUCAGUCAGCUCAGGUCUCCUGGCUUGAUCCUUAGAACUCCACCAUUGCAGGCCCAUCUUGACCCGCCCUUGCUAUAUGGGUUGUCUAUACCUUCUGGCAUUUCCCAUCACUUCGACAGUCUUGAGGACCGAUUCCUUUCGUCAGAGACAUGGGUUGUUGACCACCGCCCAAUGAACGAGUUGCCUCCGGUUGGUUUUACGGCAAUGGAGCGCCAUGUCUUGGUAUUACAGCAGUGGCUCAAUCGAUGGGUUGAUACAGGCAGCAACCCAUUCAUACAUUCUCACCUCUACAGUUCGAGGUUCCCAAGCAGCAUACAGAUGGCAUACGUGACUCUGUCAAGCUAUUUGAGCAGGACGAAUGGAAACAAGGAGAUUGUGCUUCGUAUUGUACAAGAUCGCGCAGAUGAGCUGCUCCGUGACAAGGGAGCAAUUCUGGAUCAACUUGGGCCGGAUGCUACACCGGCCGCUAAAUUGACAGAUAUACUAGAUCAACUCUCUUAUCUCCAUUCCUUGUUAGUAUAUCAGAUUAUAUGCCUCUUUGAUGGUGAUGCAAGAUUACGCCAUGUAGCCGAAAGCCGCUUGUUCGUCCUGAGUUCGUGGGCUACACAGUUGAUCGAAUCAGCCGGUCAGGUUUUCUCACAGCUCUCCUUGAGCGGUAUAUCCGACACAGAGGGGAUCACAUGUCUGCCUAAUUCCAUUAUAGAUAAGCAGUGGUACUGUUGGGCAUUAGCUGAAAGCGUACGGCGAACGUGGAUGGUCUCUAUGGUCGUAUACGCAGGCUACUUCAUGAUGCAACAAGGCUGGGCACUAUGUCCUGGCGGCAUGAUGUUCACGAACGGAAAGGGGCUCUGGAAUGCCGGGUCUGCGGACGAGUGGCAUAGGCUAUACUCCCUAGGGGACGCUCGGUUUUUACAAAGAUUCGAUGCUGAGAGACUGUUCACUGAGGCUAAGUCCGCGGACAUUGAUGAGUUUGGCAAGGUCAUGCUGGAGAUCACGUUUGGUACUGAGAAGAUGGAGAACUGGGAUUAA